AUGUCUCUCCUUCAUCGUGUGAUCAGCCGUAGUCCUUCAGCAGCCUCUCAGCUCACGAGGGCCCUCUCGACAUCGAGCCAUACCCACCUCUCUAUGCCACCAGUCUCUACUGGUCUCACGGGCGUCGAUCUGGCAUCACAUCAGAGUGGUAAAUGCUCCUGUCCAGUGUGCCGGUCUCAAAGUCACAUCCCUGGUAAAUGCAGUUGCCCACGAUGCUCAUCUGUAUUACCAUCAUCACUGACUUCACGGUUUAUGUUGGCUGGUAGCCCCCUGUUCCUCACUGAGUUCGACAAGCCUUUCUACUUCCCAGAAGUCCAGUUUAUCCUCAGUGAUAAGUUGAACUUCAUCUUCGAGAGAUUCUUCGAGACGGAGUGUGGGGUAUGGCUGAUGAACACCCUGGCAGUGUACACUCUGAUGAGGAUGUUUUUCUACUACUUCUGGUGGCAGCCCUCAGCGUUGAACCAUUUCAAGGACAGGUAUGGUCAAACGUGGAACGUUGGUCAUCACUUGUACGGCACCGACGCACCAAAUCCUUUGAAGAAGGAAACCAAGGGAGCUCGUCAUUAGAAGUUGCUUAUAAUGAUGAUGUCCAGUCUGUCGGCCCAAGCGAUGAGUCAUUUUUCAGCGAUGAAA